UGAGAGACUGGGGACAUGGGGGCCUGGGGGCUGGGCGUCUCCUGGUUCUGGGAGACGACAGGGGGUCCCAGCGGUGCCACUGGGGAGCCGGGGAUGCCUUGGAAACCUCUGCGGGGCGGGAGGGUCCUCCCGGGAGGCCGGAAUCCAUGUGCGCCGGUCGAGUUCCGGGCGGACCGGAAACGAGGGCGAACCCGUUGCCGUGACAGCGGGCCCUGGGCCGCCAUGGAGGCCGCGCUCACUGACAUGUACGACCAGGCGCUGCUGGGCAUCCUGCAGCAUGUCGGCAACGUGGAGGAAUUCCUACGCAUCCUCUUCGGCUUCCUCUACCGCAAGACCGACUUCUAUCGGCUCCUCCUGCGGCCCGGAGACCGCCUGGGCUUCCCGCCCGGCGCGGCGCAGGCCAUGGCCCUGCAGGCAUUCCGAGUGUUUGAACGGAUGGCCAGGCAGGAUGAUGAGAGGAGGCGCCGGGAGCUGGAGGCAAAGCUGAGGAAGAAGGAGGAGGAGGAGGAGGCAGCUGCAGCUGCUGAGAGGGUGAAUCUGUGCCCUGCAGCUCAGGAGAUUGAGGUGGAGACAACGGAGCACAUCCCAGCACCAGAUACCGGGGAAGCUGCAGGCACACAGGAAUCAGCUGCAGCCCAGGGAGCUGCAGCCCCCAGCCCUGUAUCAAUGGAGCCUCCAGGGGCUGCUGCCCCAGCAGAGCUGCCCACGAGACAGGAGCAGUUCCAGACAAACCCCGACAGCUACAAUGGAGCUGUGCGAGAGAAUUACACCUGGUCCCAAGACUACAGUGACCUGGAAAUUAAAGUGCCUGUGCCCAAGCACAUUGUCAAAGGCAAACAGGUGUCUGUGGAUAUCAGCAGCGGUGCAAUUCGUGUAGCUGUGCUGGAGGGAAACAGCCAACAGGUCCUCAUGGAAGGGAAACUCACCCACAAGAUCAACACAGAGAGUUCCCUGUGGAGCCUGGAGCCGGGGAAGUGCGUUUUGAUCAACCUGAACAAGGGGGACGAGUACUGGUGGAAUGCCAUCCUAGAGGGCGAGGAGCAGAUCGACAUUGACAAGAUAAACAAGGAGCGCUCCAUGGCCACAGUGGACGAGGAGGAGCAUGCUGUGCUUGACCGCCUCACCUUUGACUACCACCAGAAGCUGCAGGGCAAGCCCCAGAGCCAUGAGCUGAAGGUGCAUGAGAUGUUGAAGAAGGGCUGGGACACCGAGGGCUCACCAUUCCGCGGCCAGAAAUUCGACCCUUCCAUGUUCAACAUCUCCCCCGGUGCUGUCCAGUUUUGACAGUGGCAAAAACAACUGAAAAAUAAAGCGGGGAGAGGAGACCUCCCCACCCCCGGAUGCCCACCAGGACCCUCAUACCCAGUGCCAGUGCCCGGGACUCACUCAUCUGCGCUACUGGCACCCAUCCAUGCUCUGUCGAGAAGCCUGAGGAAGCGGGCAGAUUUACAUCCUGUCACCCCGGCAACCUGGGCACCAGGACCCCUCUCCUCCCUUCCCUUCCCUGCCUGUCACCUUGUGCUGCCGAUGCUCCAUGUUUUUCUGGAAGAGGGAGCACGUUGGGUCGCGUUGAGUGACAAUUAUUUUUGGUGGAUGAGGAUACUGCUUUUGGGGUUUCUGGGGUUGUGGAGCCCUCCAUGCUCUGGCACUGGGCAGCUUGGCCCCUCACAGGUGGAGAUGGGUGCUGGGUAUGGGCAGUGGGGAUGGGGAAGCCUGCCUCUGCCUGACAGCACCCACCUGGCACCCCCAAAUCCUCUCACCAGCCCCACUCCAGGGUAUCCCAAGGGGGCUGUGCUGCCCCUGCCCUCUACCCAGCCCCAGGGGAGGCUUCCUCCUGGUUUCCCCCUCCUUCACCUCCUCACUGGAGGGUUGUCAGGAUACCCACCAGGGAUGGGCAGCAACCACAGACAUCCUCUAGGGUUUGCUCCCUCUUCAUCAGGGAGCAGUGGGGGUGCUCCCCACAGCACUGGCAUUUGGAGGGGGCUACAGGCCCACCCCAGUCAGGAGCCUCAGAAACAUACAGGUUUCUCUGGCACGGUACUUAGGGGUCUGAGAAUGAGGAGAGUAGGCCCCACCUAGGCCCAGCCUGGCUCUCACACCUUUCCACCAGCCCUCCACCCUGGGAUGUGUGGGCUGGGGGUCCCCGGCCAUCGCCUUGUCUGGUUCCCCACCCCCCGCCCUCAGUUUGCAAUAAACACGUCUCACCGUG